GUUUCAUUAGUGGAAAGUUGUUCAUUCCCUGUCUGUCACUGGGAGUCGCCACAAGAGGGAGGGACUUAAACACGGAGGGACAAUGCUUGUGUUUGUAAAACGGCCCCUGAGUGGCUGCUGGCUCUGUCGGAUCUCUUGUGCCUGACUACGGCUGCUGCACACAUUGUCAGCGUGCAGACGGGGGAAGUGGACGGCUUGAUCUGCCUGGUCAAUGCACUGACAGAGGGAAGGGUGUGAAUGUGGGCACGCCGUGGACAGUUUAUCCUGAAACUUUUGCAGCAGAGAGAGGAGAAUUGGAGGAAAUCAGUUAAAGUUUGGCCAAAAUGGCCGACAAGAAAGUGAGCCUCCCUGCUAAGCUGAUUAACGGGGGCGUGGCUGGACUGGUGGGAGUGACCUGCGUGUUUCCCAUUGAUCUCGCCAAGACCCGCCUCCAAAAUCAGCAGAGUGCUCGUGUUUAUAGUGGAAUGUUGGACUGUUUGACAAAGACAAUUAAAAUGGAGGGCUACUUUGGCAUGUAUCGAGGUGCAGCUGUGAAUCUUACACUGGUCACACCAGAGAAAGCCAUCAAACUGGCUGCCAAUGAUGUCUUCAGACAGAAGCUCUCCAAAGAUGGAAAAUUACCUCUGUGGGGGGAAAUCCUCGCAGGCUGUGGAGCCGGAACCUGUCAGGUGGUAGUCACCACCCCCAUGGAAAUGCUAAAAAUACAACUGCAGGAUGCUGGCAGGUUGGCUGCUCAGCGCACUGUCACUGCCUCUGCCGCUGGUCCGACCCCUUCACUGGUUGCCUCUCAGGCAGCACAGCCGAGCACCAAUCCCCCUCCUCGAUCCUCAGCCACCCGUAUCACCCUGGAGCUUCUUAAGACUCGAGGCCUCAGGGGUCUUUAUAAGGGUGCUGGUGCUACACUGAUGAGGGACGUCCCAUUUUCCAUGAUCUACUUCCCGCUGUUCGCCAACCUCAAUGCCGUGGGCCGCACUGAGGAUCGCCAUAGUAACCCCCAGGAGCGGGCCCCCUUCCUGCAGUCUUUCGUGGCUGGCUGCAUGGCCGGCUCAGUGGCAGCAGUAGCUGUCACUCCCCUGGACGUUAUAAAGACUCGCCUACAGACCUUGCAGAAGGGGGAAGGAGAGGACUCCUAUAGAGGCAUCAUUGACUGUGCACAACGCAUUUUAAAACGAGAAGGACCAGCUGCGUUUCUUAAAGGAGCAACGUGUCGAGCUUUAGUCAUCGCUCCACUCUUCGGCAUCGCUCAGGGUGUGUAUUUCCUGGGAAUCGGCGAGCACGUGCUGGGGCUGCUGGGAUAGCAGCAGG